AUGGUUCGCAAAGACCCUAUCUUCGAAGCCCGCACAAAUGUCAAGCUUCACUCCAACCGCCUCAAGAAAGAGGCCAUCCGAGCGGAAGCAACGUAUAAAUCCGAAAAAGCCAAAGCCGACAGAGCAAUGAAGAACCGCGAAUUCCAAAUCGCCCGUAUCCACGCCGGUUCCGCAGUCCGCGAAAAGCGGCGCCAAGUCACGCUGAAGUCCGAAGCCGCCCGCGCCGAUGUGAUAAUCAACGAACUCAAAGCCGCGCAGAGCACACGCGACACAUCAAGAACCUUGGCGCUGGCUUCGCGCGGUCUGGAUGCAGCGUCCAAGAGCGUGAACCUCGAGCACCUGAUUGCGCAUGCGAACAAUUUCUUGGCGCGGUCGGAGGAUUUCAAGAUUGCUAGUAGUGCGAUCGAGGAUGUUGCGCAGGGAGUGUCGAUGCAGGAGUAUGGAGCGGAGGGAGAAUCGGAGGUUGAUCGGAUGAUGGAACAGUUGGCCGAUGAUGCGGGGAUCGAGAUGCGUAGGGCUUUAGAUGCGGAGAAGGCUCCUGAAGCGGAGGUCAAAGAGCAGCAGCAGCAGCCUGCUGAAGUUGAGGAUGGGUUAGAGUCGAGACUGCGGGCUUUGAGGGCUUUGACUUAA